GGUCAACAUCCCUUAGGCAGGCUGAUCAAAAAUGCUUCAGUAUUGCCAUAGUGAGAGAUUUCUGCUCUACGCCACCUGCACCGUCUGGGAAAAAAAAUCUGACUACACAGUUGUAAAAAGUUUUGCAAAUUUUUAUUAUGAGUUUGGCAACAACAAGAUAAAAAUUGUUCCUUUUGUGUCUUUUCAUUUCUGCGGCUUGCACUAAAUUAAUUGUAGUGUUAAAAUUAAGCCAUUUUUAAGAAUUAUUUUAAGGUCAAAGUAAGUUAAUAAACUAAUAUUAUGAAUCGUGGACGUUCAUUUAAUCGAGGAAAUGGUGAUUACAAAAAUAGAGGUGGGGGAUUUAACAGGGGAAGAGGAAGUAGUAAUGGAGGCUUUAGAAACAGUGAAGGAGGAGGAGGAUAUAAUAGAAGUAAUGAUGGAAAUUCUGGCAACUUCAGAAAUGGAGGUGACAGGUUUAACCGGAAUGGUAGCUAUGGCCAAAAAAAACAGUAUGGAGAAGGUAUGCGCAAAGCUACAUUUGAUUUAGAUUCUCUUCCCGUUAUACAGAAGAACUUAUAUCAAGAACAUCCUAAUAUUUCACAUAAAAAUCAAAGAGAAGUAGAUGACUGGCAAAGAUCACUUCAAAUAACAUGUUAUGGCCAGAAUGUACCCAGACCAAUUGUUGACUUUUAUGAAGGAAACUUUCCUGAUUAUAUUAUGCAAGCCAUUUGUGACCAGAAAUUUGAAAAGCCUACUGCAAUCCAGUCACAAGUUUGGCCGAUUGCUUUAAGUGGAAGAGAUUUAGUGGGUGUUGCUCAAACUGGUUCGGGGAAGACUUUGUCAGUUUUGGUGUUGGCUCCUACUCGAGAAUUAGCUCAGCAAAUUCAGGUGGUUUGCAAUGAUUUUGGGAGGUUUUCUUAUGUGCGUAAUAGCUGCAUUUUUGGUGGUGCUCCGAAGGGUCCACAAUUGAGAGACGUUGAACGUGGUGCACAAAUUUGUAUCGCUACUCCUGGUCGUCUUAUAGAUUUUCUGGAAUGCAAUAAAGUUUCACUUAAGCAGUGCACUUAUCUAGUUUUAGAUGAAGCUGAUAGAAUGUUGGACAUGGGUUUUGAACCUCAAAUAAGAAAAAUCAUAAAUCAAAUAAGACCUGAUAGACAAACUGUAAUGUUCAGCGCUACAUGGCCAAAAGAAGUUCAGAAGCUGGCUGAAGAUUUUUUGAUUGAUUACAUUCAAAUAAAUGUUGGUGCACUUGAAUUAUCUGCUAAUCACAAUAUCAUGCAAAUUGUGGAUGUCAUGGAUGAAACAGAAAAAGAUGACAGGCUUACUAAUCUCCUUCAAGAAAUAAUGAAUGAAAAGGAAAACAAGACUAUAAUUUUUGCUGAAACAAAACGUCGUGUAGACGAGCUGACACGUUAUAUGAGGAAACAAGGAUAUUCCGCAUUGUGUAUCCAUGGUAAUAAGUCCCAACCGGAACGAGAUUGGGUUUUAAGUGAGUUCAGAAAUGGGAAGUCGCCUAUUCUGGUAGCCACAGAUGUAGCUGCUCGUGGUUUAGAUGUGGAUGAUAUCAAGUAUGUUAUCAAUGUUGAUUUUCCAAAUUCUUCCGAGGAUUACAUCCAUCGUAUUGGCCGCACAGCCAGAUCUAACAACACUGGAACUGCUUAUACAUUCUUUACCUUUGGAAACAUGAAGCAGGCUAAAGAUCUGGUGGAUGUUCUGAUUGAAGCCAACCAAGAAGUGAAUCCCAAAUUAAGAGAUUUAGUCGAAAUGUCCAAAUCAUUUGGUGGCAGGGGAGGUCGUAGAUGGGGUGGAAGAAGUUUUGCCACUCGGUAUGACAACAACAGUAGAGGUGGCAGUUAUGGAAAUAAAUAUGGGAACAACAACAACCGUGGAGAAAAUUCUGGAUACAGAGGGAAGUCCAUGCAUAAGAUCUUCGUGUGAAAAUCUUCCUGUCAAUAGAGAGCAUUUAUUGUCAUACAGAUGUGAAAACUGUGUGUUUGUAUAAAAGAGUUGUAGUCAAAAUUUGCAUCUGUGUGUUAUUUAUUUUCAUAAAAAAAUCACUUGAGUUUUCUUAUAGUUUCUUCAUUUCUUUAAACAAAAUCACUGCUGUCACACAGAUUUAUUAUUUGAAAAAGGAAAAAAAAUUUGCGGGAUUAUUGCUUUAAAUCUUACGAACCUGGUAUAUUUAUACUAACACUCAGUUUGUGUAUGUUUCUAAAUAUAACUAUUUAUUUGUUUUUGCGUCCAAGGUUUGGAAAAAGCACUGUGAUUUUCCCAUAAAUAUGUAACCUUCAUUGUGUUUUUGUUUCAUAUAUUCGGCUUUGUUUUGGUUUUUAAGAAAAAGUAAUAAAUCUAAAAACAUUUA